CAUUGCGAAGGGUCAAUUUGCUAGAAACACUUUAUGCGCUGUACGUCGUUAUGUCGCUCUACUAUGAUCACGACCUGCGCGGCUCAUUCACCAAGUUUGUGCUACACGUUGCGCAAGGUAAUCUCCGCACUUGUGUUAGUACCUAGGUGUCACAAUUUUUGUUCAAUGAGUGAAUCGUUUAUUUGAAAGCCUACUUCGUCUGUAUAUAUAUGACAAAUAUCCCACUGAUAUAGCUCAUACUGAAUUAGAAUCUCCUAGCUUUCAGGACACUUUACAAACGGAUUUGGCAAUGUCCGCUCAAUCACUGCUUUCUACCGAUGCCGCUUUCGUUGAGGCUUCACGGCCAGACGAACAAGAUACACAAAUUUCCAACAACAAAGCCUCAGCACCAUUAUCCACAUCUACACACCAAUCGAUGGAAUCAUCCAGCCAUUACAUACCCUGCUACCCCUGCGAGACUGUCGGUCCCGUAACCCAUACCCAUUUCACCCGCCCUACGACUACCUACUGGCAAGAAAUAAUUCCCACAUCCUCCGUUGCAUCCCUCCCAUAUUCAACAGCUCCUCCCUACCAAUACUCCUUCGCGGCAUCUCUCACUCCAUAUACAAGCUUGCUUCUUCCUAUCAGACCACUAGGCGAGGCAACUAAUGGCAUUGCUGUUUGUUCAUUGGCAUUACCGCAUGCUUCGAUGACGGUUGUGAAGGAACUGGCCAGGAUUGUGGCGAGCAAGAUAAGGAAAUUCAAUCCAGAAGUUGUGAUGGGAUUGCCAACUGGUGGAUUGGUUUUGGCGCCUUUUGUGGCGGAAGAACUAGGAUUUGAUCGCCACAUCCCAUGGGGUUACUCCAAGAAACCCUGGUAUGGAGACGAACUCACCACCAAGAUAUCAUGUCUUUUCGACAAACCAGGCCAAGGACCACCGGUCUAUCUCGAUCCUAAUCUUUUGCCGUUGAUUAAAGGGAAGAGAAUAGCGUUGAUUGACGACGUGAUUAGUUCUGGGACGACCAUAAGCGCUAUGUUGAAAUUUUUGACUGAUAAGGAGGUUGUUGAUGAAGAGGCACCGAGUGGAGUAACGGAUGGUGAGACUAGAAAUGGGGCAGCGGAUGCUAAGACCAGAGAGGGUUGGAUGGGAUUGAAUGUUGUUUGCGUUGGGGUGGGAAUGUUGCAGGGAGACGUGUAUAAGAAAGAAUUGCGUGCAAAUGUUGUGAGGAUGAUAGUAGGAGCUGUGGAAAGUCCAUUAUUGAAAGCAGUUGAAGGAGGGUGGAUUCAAAGAUAAAGUUUGGUAGUAAAUCCGUGGGUGUAGUUGCGUAGUUAGGUGAUCCCGUUGUCGUCAAAAAAAGGGAUGGAGAUUAGAAUAAUGUUACAUAAUACCGACCAGUUGGCCCAAAUAGAGAAUUAUUG